AUGAGCAUCGAGACGCUUUUAGAAGCAGCAAAGUUUUUGGAAUUGCAAGCCCAGCAACAACAGAAAGCACGUGGUAUGUAAAGGUUACAAUCCAUUAUAGGUUUUCUAGAGGCUUUCAAAGUUUGGAUUUGAAAGGAUCAAACGAAUUCGUUAUUUAGAUGUGUCAAAUCUAUAAGAUAUUUCUACUGGGAGAAGAUCUGCAUGCAUUUUACCUCUCAAUGUAAAUCUACUUUUUUACCAUAAAAAUAAUUUUGGUUUAUAAUUUAAGAUUACGUCCACAGUUGAUUGAAUUGCCUUUGUUUGCGUUGGGGGUCGUGACUAAUCAGACUUCCUUGUCUCGACUAUUUAGUUGGCUUUACUGAGUUAAAUGUCUUGAGCAACUUGAGGUGUGAUUUGAAAUGGUAGCCUAUUUCAGAGUGGAUCCUUGUUCUAAGAAGUUGGCUACAAAUGUAUCAUUUGGAUGUGUGACAGGAGACAAUGUAGCCGUGUGAAUUUUACUGCAUUACAGACGCGUCGAUCGAAACGCCUCCUAUCAAGUCUUGAAACGAUCGUGUUUAUUUGCAACACUGUUUCCAACCCUGUAACCUUAACAUUUAGCGACUGCUUUUAAAGUCGUAUAGUAACCUUCACUCAUUAUUUUACAUUCAAACAACUCGCAGUAAAGGGCGGUGGCGAAGGGAGCGCUAAAGUCGUUUUACAUCAUCUGACCUGACAUAGCAGGGGGAUCAUAUGACAGAUUCAGGCUUCCCUCUCGGUUUCUGUGACGAUCAAUCAUUCUUUUGAAUUCCUAAAAUGAUUGUUUGAACACAACUUUACAUUUAUGUGCUUUCGUACAUUGCACAUUUUAAACUGAAAUGUAGGCUAGAUAGAACAUUCCUAGGAAAGGAACCUUCGGCUCACGCGCUAAUCGCGUAAUUUUUUUUGCGUGUAGCUGUUGACGUGUCCAAAUUGAUCAUGACCCAUAUCUGCAACGGGGACCGCCCCUUUCACCACGUGCAUGCUCGGCAGUCCUACAUCCGGAGGCCCGCUCCCUCCCUGUUCUCUUCUCUGUAGUGCUGCUGCUAGGUCACGGUGUGGAAGAAAGUAGGGCAGGGUUUCUCCCCCUCUACUGUACUCACUCCUCUGCUAUGUGCUGUGGUUAUAUAAGUGGAACUACACAUGUUUUUAUAAAAGUUAUUAUCUCCAACCUGUCAAGGCCAUAGAGCUAAACACAACCAGGCAAAAUUUCAAUAGAUCUUUCUUAGUAAGUCAAACAAACAGUGCAAACAUUAACCAUGUAACUCCUCUCACUGAAUAUUGUUUUUCCUGUUAUUGUUUUCCCUAUACUUUGAAAGGGUGUGUGUUAUUAUAUAAGAGCACGUGGUAGUCUCGAGUCAACCAAUUUACUGAACAAAAUAAAGUUGUUGGAUAAGUGUUUUAAUUGACAAACUAAUGCAGUUAUGUUAUACCAGACUUCAGAUCAAAUUUUAUUUUCCACAUGCACCGAAUACAACAGGUGUAGACAUUGCAGUGAAAUGUUUACAAGCCCUUAACCAACAAUGCAGUUUAAAAUAAAAUAAAAGUGUUAAGUAAAAAAAUAAAAGCAAAUAACUAAAGAGCCGCAGUAAAAUAAAAUAACAGUAGGGACGCUAUAUACAGGGGGGUACCGGUACAGAGUCAAUGUGCGGGGGCACUGGCUAGUCGAGGUAAUAUGUACAUGUGGGUAGAGUUAAAGUGACUAUGCAUAAAUAAUAAACAGAGUAGCAGUAGCAUAAAAGGGUGGGGUAGCCAUGAUUUAGCUGUUCAGGAGUCCUAUGGCUUGGGGUAGAAGCUGUUGAGAAGCCUUUUGGACCUAGACUUGGCGUUCCGGUACCGCUUGACUAGGGUGGCUGGAGUCUUUGCCAAUUUUUAGGGCCUUCCUCUGACACCGCCUGGUAUAGAGGUCCUGGAUGGUGGGAAGCUUGGCCCCAGUGAUGUACUGGGCCGUAGGCACUACCCUCUGUAGUGCCUUGCGGUCGGAGGCCGAGCAGUUGCCAUACCAGGCGGUGACGCAACCAGUCAGGAUGCUCUCGAUGGCGCAGCUGUAGAACCUUUUGAGGAUCUGAGGACCCAUGCCAAAUAUUUUCAGUCUCCUGAGGGGGAAUAGGCUUUGUCGUGCCAUCUUCACGACUGUCUUGGUGGCUCUCACCUUGAUUUACAAAAGUAUGUUUAUGAAUGGCAUGAGAACUAGGCUAUCUUGAACUGUGCCUCCGAUUUGACCAGAUACCAAGGUGUGGGCGUCAUUCUCUCACGCCUUAGGUCAAUGCUUUCACAUCUGAUUACUCAUGGGUUGAGAACCAAGAUGGUAAAAGGUAACAACAACCCUUUCCUCUACCUUAUCCACAGCUUUCUACUCACCAGUCAGUUCCAUGAUCUGUCGUUCAUUUGCAGAGAGAUGACAGAGGGGUAAUGACCUGUGUACACAGUCAUUGAAUGCUGGUCACUUUAAUGUUUACAUACUGUUUGACCCACUUUAUAUGUGUAUAUACUGUAUUCUAGUAUGGCUCAUCCUAUAUAACUACUGCUGUACACACCUUUUCUAUUAAUAUACUGUCUAAUGGCUAUACACACCAUCAUAUAUAUUUAUAAUCUGGACUCUGACAUUGCUCGUUUUUAUAUUUGCGUGUAUUGUUAGGUAUUACUGCACUGUUGGAGCUCAGAACAUGAGCAUUUCGCUACACCCGCAAUAACAUCUGCAAAAUGUGUAAGCGACCAAUUUGAUUUAGGAGUUUUGACACCUCAACACUACCUGUCCAACAAAUGACAAGCACACCACUCUGCACUUAAAGGGAGGUUUAAGUAUGUAAUGGGUUUUAAAGGACAAUCCGUCUCAGAUGCAUGUAGAGGAGGACUUUUCCUGGCUCUGGGGAGGGGUUGAUCUCUGUAAUGGGUUUUUAAAGGACCAUUCUUCUCAUCUACUUGUAGAGCGGAAUUAGACAGUGCUGGCUCUGUUUUUGACUUACUCAGUUUGACCUUUUGAAUCCUACUCUGGGUGUCUCACUGGGCAAGGUCGAACCAAUCCUUCUGGGGUUUGUCCUAACCAAUCCAGUUCUUCUGGGGUUUGGCCUAACCAAUCUAGUCCUCCAAGGGUUUUAUGGGUCGUUCUUGUAUGUGGGAGGAGAGCACUUAAUGGACUGCAACUUCUCAGUGCUCCUGAACUUUGAACUCUGACUGCACUUUAUCAAUACUGAGUGGAGCGGAUAGGCCUGAGGUGGAGGUUAAACACUAAUGACGGUGUUGUUUACACUGAUGACAGUGCUACGGUGUGCACUAAUGAAUACAACCUGGUCUUGGACAUUUUACUAACUUAAGUAGGCCUAGUUUAUGUUAGUAUAAAGGCAAGUAAAAAGGGGGGUGGAAAUAAGAAUGAAAAGUAGCAUAAAUAAAAUAAAAGUAUGUUUGUGUGUAUGUGUAUAUAUAUAUAUAUAUAUAUAUAUCACAAAAGUAGUGCACUGGGCCUUUGCGGACUGAUAGCCGUCUGGAGCUUGCGGGCAAACCCAACCCCCUGGUCGAAGAACAAAAUCGCAGCACCCCCAAACUACUUCCCCCAGCGAUGAUCUUUAUUUGAGACUAUUAUCUAAGACUCUCGGUGGCUUUCAGUGUCGCUGUGACAAUCUGGCCUCCAGGCCUCUGCUGUGCUGGGGAGAGCAGAGCUGUUGUUUGUUCCUGGCUCUGAAGAAAAUAUGUCCAAUGCCUGUGUUAACUGCGAAAUCAUGUUCCAUGUAUGUUAUGGACUUGGCCUCUUUUGGAAGAUGCACAGCCAGAGAGCGUUAUUAUGACACACACACUGUUAUGCUAUGCUUUGAGACUUUCACUUUUGUCAGUAUCUUUGACUACAGGCAGCUACAUCCUCCCGAUAAUCAGUUAAAUUACCACAGCUUGGGCCCAAUCCACACACUGUUGUAUGUCCUACAUUUCUCACACGCUUCUGAGAAGUUCUCAGAACAGCCCAAUUGAAUCACGUCUCCCAAUGAAUUGGAUAUGGAGGUGUAAGGUAAGGGAAGGGAAGAAGGGAACAUUGUGUAGCUAACGUGCUGUAAUGGCCACGUUUGGCACGGCUCUGCUCCACCCCUUAUCGAUGUAAAGGAUGGCUGUAAAGCUCUCUUGUGUCUGACGUGUUCUAACACCACUAUUACCAUAGCAACCGGACAACCCCCUCUCCCCCUAGUAUCUAUGCAUGCUGUUGGGGGGGGGGGGGGGGUUGGUGAUUCUCCAAUCUGAUUGGAUGAAGAGGUGAGGUCGUUGCUAGAACUCAGGGAUUCAAACCACUCUCUUCCUUUGUCUCUCUGGCUUGUCCUGGUUGUCAUCUUUUCUCCCCCACUCUGAGACGAGAAUGUGUUAAAGGAGCUAGGAAAACGCAAUGUGAGCUCAUUCUCAAGGACAGCACGUGGACCUAAUGUUAAGAGCGUCAGUACUGAAACGUUCUAAAAGACAAGUUGCCUCCUAAAUAACAGAUACAGUCAGGGCGUUUUGCUCCACUAUUUUUCUAUGUCUUCAGUCUCAAUACUGCACUAACAUCAGCACAAUGUGUUCAGUCACAACACUGUGUUAGAGGGCUGGAUGAUUUACCACCAACCGCAAUCUGUAGCUCUCUCUUUUAGGGCUCUCAGUACAUGUGGAAAUAUCACACAGUGUAGUUUCACAGAAAAACAAUUCUGCUUCAGCUCAAAGUUUCACGAACUCUUCAUUACAGUAUGUAGGCCUACAGAAGCUUGCAAUAUCCCAACAGAACAUAUCCCUUUCUACAUUGGAACUAAGACAGUAUGACUGGGAUUGGGCGAGAGGCAUAAAACCUGCUUUUACUUGGACACACUGACCUUGGAAUAUACCCCACUUCCUCUUCUAAAAAAAACUUGUCUCACACACUGAGCGCAGCCCAGCUUUUACAUUUACAUUUUAGUCAUUUAGCAGACGCUCUUAUCCAGAGCGACUUACAGUUAGUGAGUGCAUACAUUAUUUUUUAUACUGGCCCCCCGUGGGAAACGAACCCACAACCCUGGCGUUGCAAACACCAUGCUCUACCAACUGAGCUACAUCCCUGCCGGCCAUUCCCUCCCCUACCCUGGACGACGCUGGGCCAAUUGUGCGCCGCCCCAUGGGUCUCCCGGUCGCAGCCGGCUACGACAGAGCCUGGAUCUCUAGUGGCACAGCUAGCACUGCGAUGCAGUGCCUUAGACCACUGUGCCACUCGGGAGAGUAUUUUAGUCAUUUAGCAGAUGCUCUUAACCCUAAUUGCUCCUGUAAGUCGCUCUGGAUAAGUGCCUUGCUUAAGGGCACAUCGACAGAUUUUUCCCUUUAGUCGGCUCGGGGAUUAGAACCAGCAACUUUUCGGUUACUGGCACAACGCUCUUACCCACUAAGCUACCUGCGGCCCCACACACACUCAGUCAGUUCUCCUGUCAUAUUGCAGACCUGUAACUGUGUUAAUCCACUUGUAAAAAGGAUAAACAGCAUUGAGUUUUGUCAUGUAGCCAGCCAACCAGCCAGCGCCAACAAGAGCAACGUAAUGAGUUGUAUAAAUAUAGGACUUUGGCUGCCUCGGAAAUGGCACCUAUUCACUAUAUAGGGCACUACUUUUGACCAGGGCCAACAGGAUUCCCUCAAAGACGAGCUCUGUUUAAUAUAAUGCCAAUUAUUGUAACUUGUUUCUGGCUGGCAAGGCAUUGCGGCUGCAUUAUACAGCUUUUAUAAGCUGUCAGAGUUCCUUGAGGCAGGAUGAGGUCUAUGCCUACAGGUUUGGUAUGAACGUAUGUCAGCGUUGGAAUAGCCCUAUAGAGGGUAGGAGGGGGGUGUCUGGCAUCGUAUUUCAAUUCAGACCAUACAAGGGCAACAUAAGCUGUGAACACUGUGUGUUAGCUAGGUGAAUAGAUGCCUGAGUGCAUCCUUCCAGCUAUUCUAGUUUUCCUCCUUCCCGUCUUUUGUCUAUUGAUUUGUAGUAUUCAUUGGGAAUGAACCCGGCUGUCAAACUCACUAGAUGGAGAUUAGUCAGAGGAUGCUAGAAAUGUUCUCAGACAUGUUUCUGCUGGGACCUAACCUUUGCUGCUCUAGUCUCUAACCAUUACUUCUUUCUCUCCUCACAGAGGAGAAUGAGCUGAGGGAGAAGCUUCGCCUCGAACAGCUAUCUGACCACACCCACAGGCACAAUGUCACUUCCUACUCCUCCCUCAUUCAAAUGAACCAUGUGACCCGAGCAGAAGAGCCCUGCCCCCACUCGGAGCGCUGCCCCUCUGUCCCUCCCCCACUGCCGCCCCCCUCCAUGCCCAUCACCGUCAUCCCAAUCCCCAUGAUGACCUCCAACCACACAGGUCUGUCCCCCACCAUCCCAACCCCCUCCUCCACCACCCUGUCCCCCCAGGCUGGGGCAGCACCCCACCUGGCCUCCCCCAGGAGGGACCCUCACUCCCCAGGGCAGGACCACCAGGGACAGGGUGCGCUUUUGGCUCUCUCUCCUCAGGUGAAGACCGACCACUCCCACCACUUGCCUUUGGCCCAAUCUGGCAACCACAAGCAGAAUCAGCACUACCAUCAUCACCUUCCGCAGAUUAUUUCCCCACAAUCUGGCAACCAUAAACUGCAGCAGCAGCAGCAGCAGUCUCCCCAGCUGGUGCAGCCCUACCCUGGCUCCAUCGUCUCAGCCCCGCAGCUGCAUGCCUUACUCCCCCAGCCAGGGCCCCCCCAGACUCCGUGUGGGGGCCAGACCAGCCCUGUUGGGGGCCGAGGCAGCCCCCCUGACCUGGACGGGAAGAAGAGGCCUGGAGGGUAAGUGGCCAUUUUGUUAUUUAUAGGAGAGAUGGUUUGCACUAUGUUUGGAUUCUUUUCCUCCAUUUGCAUUUUAGUUUUCCUUUUAUGUCUGUAGCUGUGCCUGUGAUUGUCAGUCACUUGUUGAGCAGUAAGGCACAAACGGUAUCAGAAGAAUCACGAACCAUGAAAAGUCACUGCACUGAAGGAUUCUUGGACUAAAUUAUUCUUGGAUUAUGUGCUCCAUAAUGGGUAUGUCCUGAUUGGACAAUUGAGCAAUAAUCAGAUCCAAUUAGCUGCCUGUGCAUAUUAUACAUUAUAUUGUUGAAGUAAAGUAACAGAGAUGAUGGAGUACUUUAUAUUUGUUGGUUGAUUUGAUUCUUGUUCUGUGAGUCUCGUCGUCUUGCCCAUUCUGGACACCCAAUCUUAUAAUGUGCUCCGAUCUGUGCUUUUACAGGGCAGGGACAAGAGAAGUACAUAACAAGCUUGAGAAAAACAGGUGGGUGCAUCUCUCUCCCAUGGUCGCCUUUAUUAAACAAAGAGGGUUGAGCUCUUUGCACAGGGCAGUUUAAGGUUAUGGUGAGAUUAGGUGUACACUAUUAUUGCCCACGUCUUUUUUCAACCGAGUUGCUUACUUACUUCUCUGUCCUGUUCUAAAAACAAAUUAUACUCUCAUUUAUUCACUUAUGGCUUAUCUAUAGAUAUUGCAUUUGUCAGACAAUAAUUUAUGAUAUCUUGGACUUGUUAAUGGCUUUGAAUGUUCUGCUUAUUCUGAUAGUACUUCAAUGUACUGUAGUAGUAGGGAUAUAAUGCCCAAAACGGGACUAAGCAGAGGAGUUGUUGCCUACCCCUGCCUGCAUCCUUUGUCACAGACGUUUUACCAUGAAACAGAAACCUGUUCAAUGUGUCUCAUGUUGGUAGUAAUUAUUUAUUAGUAUUUUUUUAUUUUUAAGCUGAAUGUGUGAAAUCACGCCUUGUCCUGCCUCUUCCUCUCACUAACAGACGCUUCUCUCUCUACCUCUUUCAUCCUUCCAUCCCUUACUCUCAGACGUGCUCACCUGAAGGAGUGCUUUGACACCCUGAAGAAAAACAUCCCCAAUGCAGAUGAGAAGAAGACUUCUAACCUCAGUGUCCUGAGGAGCGCCCUCAGAUAUAUACAGGUAAGCAAGCUAGAAGAACUGCAUGGUUGAGCAAAGGAUAAACUACUACUGAAUGGAAUUCGCUGUUGAAUUCAGUGUAGAUUUUCACUCUGUGUUUUCACCGUUGAGUUUACUGUGGAUUUUCUAGUUUUCCAAUGUUUAUUGUUUCCCUGUCAAGGGAAGUAGGGUCAGUUUUGUUUCAAACUUUGUAGGCCUUGUUUGAAGAAGCAUUUUUCCAGUAACAAAGUUGGAGUUUAUACUUGUGGAUAAUUUAAUAAGUGUUGUUGGCAGACAGUGUACUGCAGGGUAGGCAACUAGAUUCAGCCACAGUCCGAUUUUUGUCAGAGUGGAUGGUUCAUGGGCCGGAACGUAAUUAUAAUAAUUUGUACACUGCAAAUUGACCAAACUAAUCCCAAAAGAGAUUCUAUUUGAAAAUAACAAUAAUUUCAUACCUUGAUUACAUUGAGACACGAUCACGUCUCUUUUUUAAUUUGUGGGAAUACUUGGUGAACAGAUUGACUAAAUUAAACCAUUUUUUUAAAGCAGAAUUUCUAUUGAUUUUAGUUUUUUAGUUUUUGUGACCAAAAUGUUAUUUAGUUUUGUCAGUUUUCUUUUUUAGAGUGGGGUUACAGGUACAACAACUUAUUUUUUGGGCCCAAAACUAAAAUCCAAAAUAAAUCACUCACAGGCCGGUGUUGGCCCGCGGACCGCCUGUUGCUGACCCCUGGUGUACUGUCUGGUGGUGUUGCUAGGAAGUCAGGGUGUCUAGCUCUUCAUCUCCAGCUGAUUGUGUGUGAACUAUGCCUAAUCCACCACACCUUAUUGUGUGGGCAAACUGUCUGUUACAAAAUUGUUGUAAAUGGCAAUUAAUUUCAGAUGGACUAAGAUAACAAUCCUUAUUUGUUUUACUGCCAGGAGGCUAAUAUUGGAGCUGCUUUGUAUAUCCUUAGGUCCUUGGUGUUCUUGGCAACGUCAUUAGAUCUGGUCUGGUUAGUCCAGGGGAGGGAAGGUCGUUUCUAGUCUCUAGCAGAAAGCUAAACUUUCUGGAUAUGCUCUGCUGCCCGGGGUAUAGGCGGACCAGAGAGUCUCCAAUGAAAAUGUACAAAGAGUUCAUUAAAACCCUUUUGAAAGAUUAUUAAAGCUAAUCUUUUAUCAAAGCUUUUUAUUAAGAUUAUCUGAUGUGAUUAAAACCUUUCAAUGGACUUUUGUGGUUGAAACAGGAAUUACUAUAAUUAAUAGUGGUUCAAUGGGUCAUGAUGUGUGAUACAGGCAGGUAGUAUAUCGAAAGCUAUGUGUAAGCAGAGAGCAGGUGACCGGUGUACAAAGGUCUUCGACUAACCUACUUUAACUCAGGAGUGAUGUGAUAGUUCCCAUUGCUAUGUUCGUUGUGUAUGUGCUUGUUAAAUAUACACACACACACUUCUUUCCUGUGCACCUCUACCUCUGGUGCUGGUGAGGAUCUGAUCUUGUAUGUUGGUGGCAGCGCUGGAGUUCUCCUCCCUGGGAGGUGCAUGGAGGGGGGCGAGGCAGGGCUAAGAGAGAGGGGAAACUAGGGCAGUGUGGGUGCACAGAGAACUCAUGUCACCCAAUCUCCCUCCUCCCCCUGCCUCCCUCUCUGUGUGAUGAGGGAACGCCGUCUUGUUAGUGUGUCGUGCUCGACUAGCAGACUGACCCAGCAACCCCCCCCCACCCCCUCUUGACAGCCAAGCUGGAUUUAGGGUGUAUUUAAAGCACAUGUACCGGCCAGGAAACAAACAAACAACUACAGACAUUUUCCACUCUUUAUGUAUUUAAACUAGCAUGGUCCUUCAUUUUUAGUUAUUGGAAUUUAAAGUGAAGAGGGAAAACCAGCUUAAAUAAUGCACUUUUGCAGGACUGAAUACGGGUUAAAGAAAUAUCUUGAAUUACUUGUACUGUAGGUUGUAAACUCCCACCAGUCUCUGAAGGCAUAAUAAGUAUGUGACAUAGGCCUUAAUGUGCGUAGUUGCUUAAUGUUGCCAGUGCUAUAACACCCCAGUAGUAGAAGUCGUGCUGAGUCACGCAGUUCUAUUCCAUAAUUUUUAUUGGUUGAGCUCCAGUAGUGUUGGGUUGGGGGCAGAGCAAGGGAGGGGUGAGAAGAAGAGUAGAGGGAGGAAAGAGAUGGAGGGAGGGGUGUUUAAAACAGCGUGUGCUCUCUGUCGUUCCGACAUGGGCUGUACGGUGCAGGGCAGGCACGCGUUUCCUGACUGCACGCGCCUCUCUCUCCCCCUGCAUGCCCCCUCCUGAUCCCAUCUCUUCCCCCUUUUUGUUACUUUAGGCAGGGGGGUGGGGCAGUCUGCUAAUGUGACCAAUGAGCACCAGACCAGAGAGGUUGAAUAAGAGGAUUUGGACAGAGGAUUACUUUUCAUUUGAUUCAUCUUUGGGCAGUGAUGCUGGCAGCCCUUUGUCUGUCUGUCUGUCAGUCAGUCAUCUUUGUUGAACAUCAUGGCCCCCUGGGUAGGAGUGCUGAUCUAGGAUCAGUUUUGCCUUUCAGAUCAUAAUGAAUAAGAUUAUUUGGUCAGGAGUGAGACACUUUAUGAAUACAAACUCUGAUCAUGUUAUCUCCAGGCCGGGUCUCUUAUCAGAGCAUGUCUCUUUUUUUCCACUGAGGUUACUGUCACUGUGAGGUUACUUCUCGCCAACAGCCACUCUGCUGAGAAGUCAAGUCACACUUCCUUGUUUCAUUUCUUCCUCCUUUCGUAGAAGUGACUGAGUGAGUAAGCUAGAGACCAAACCGACGAGGAACUUGCAUAUAAGGCUGCCUGCAAGCAGAUUUUUCCUUCCCAUGCUUCUUGGUUUGAGCUGUUUUUCUCAAUACAUUUUCUCCUACAGUAGUUUGUUGUCGUAUGUGUUAGGCUAUAUUAGUUAUUUAGAUUGUACUACUUUACGACUUCCUGAGAUGUGGUCUGUGCUGUCUAACAUGGAAUGUGUUUCUCUAUCUGACCUAAUUGCUGCAGAUUGAUAUAAUGCGUAUUAAAAUGGCUGUGUGUGAGAAAGAGAGCGCGGCUGUGUACUCUAUGCUGCGCCAUGGCUGGAACUCUUAAACCCUGGAGUGCUCAGCACUGGGGCUCCUCCCUCUUUCCUCUCUUCUUUCAUCCCUCCCUCCUGCCUCACUCUGCUCACAGGGCCACAUGAGCAGAGAGCACAUGGCUACCCUGAGCUUUGUGACGUCACCCCCCCCUAAAGGGCCUCUCCUCCUCGCCCCGCCCAUACCUGGAACAGACACCGCUACAGCCACAGCUCAGUGCUAG